AUGGCCCCAGUCAUCGACAGCUCCUCCGUCCCUGGGACCGUGACUCUAGUGGACAUGGAUCAUAUCUUGGAGACUCGGCACUUGAACCACGGAGACCAUGAUAUUGUAUUGAUCCCUACCCCGUCAAAAAACCCAGAUGAUCCCCUUAAUUGGAGCCCGCAACGGAAGCUUCUAUCGACUGUUUGCGUGAGCGUACCAUACGCAAGCACUAAGGGUCAAUGGCUCGCACGAAACAUCAUCCUAGGUUUCUUCACUGCACCCGUGGAAGCGAUUCCUCAGAUAUCAGUCACGGACGUAUACUUCACCCACGAGCGAGGAGCAUACAUGGGUCUCUAUGCAUUCUUCCUGGCAGGAAGCAACUACUUUGCACCAGUCAUCUGCGGCUUUAUCGCCCAGUACCAAGGUUGGCGGUGGGUAUUCUACUACCCGAGCAUCUUUGCCGGCUGUGCCAUAAUCUUCCUUUUCUUUUUCUGCGAGGAGACAAACUUCAUUCGAGCGUAUCCCGAUGAGCCUAGUGCUUCCACACCCACAGAACCUCCAAAACUCGGCUCGGAGGACGAAAAGGAAAAAUCUGCGGCUCUUGAUAUGGAAGCUGCCACUGGGGUCAGUAUAAGGUCGGGCCACACUAAGAAAUCAUUUGCGAAGAAACUGGCGCUUUGGGGGCCGAGGCAGGAGCAGAAUACCUUGUUCCGGCGAUUAUGGCAGUGUCUUUACUUCCUUUCGUGGCCUGUUAUCUUCUAUUCUGGCUUCUCUUAUGGAUCCUAUCUGGUGUACUUCAACAUCUUGAAUGGAACAGCCUCUAUCAUUCUUGGCGGAGAGCCAUACCACUUUGGAUCUUCCAUGAUCGGUCUGAGUUAUCUAGGGCCAAUCACCGGAGUAAUCCUGGGAUCCCUCUUCACUGGCCGGUUCAGCGACUGGCUCACAAUCAAACUCGCCCGCCAGAACAAUGGCGUCAUGGAGGCAGAGCACCGUCUCUGGCCCUUCCUCGCUUGUAUAGUACUUGUGCCUGGUUCUCUUAUUCUUUGGGGUGUCGGUGCUGCGCACGAGAUUCACUGGUUUGGACUAGUUGUUGCAAUGUGCAUGCUGGCCUUCACGAGUACCUGUGGCAUCACGCUCAGUGUCAAUUACUUUAUUGACAGCUAUCAAGAGCUGAGUGGUAUUGCCAUGGCUAGUGUGAUUCUGGUUCGGAAUACCAUGUCUUUUGCGAUUGGCUAUGGGAUCACGCCCUGGAUUGAGAACAUGGGGUACCAGAACUGUUUCAUCUCUGCUGCUUUCAUUGGCAUGGCAUGUGCUUCAGUCUUCCUCUUCAUGAUCAAGUUUGGAAAGACCUUUCGCGAACGUUCUCGCGAGAAGUACUGGAAGCUGGUCCAAGAGAACUGGGAGAAUGGCAUGGGCAAGUAG